AUGGAUAGAAAAGAAAGUGGUCAAAAUUUAGAAAUCUUUGCGAAACACAUCAAAUUGCCGCUAUUAGAGCCGUCUCGAAUUGGAGCAUUUAUUGGACCAAAAGGCUUCAAUCUCAGAUCAAUCGAAGAAAAAUAUGACGUACAUCUUCAUUUUAAACCCGAACAAUCACUCGAAAUUAUUGGCCCAACUGACAAAGCAGUCGAACUUGGUGAAAUCGCCGUAGAAAAACUCGUGCUAGGUCUCUUUGCUACUGGGUGCUCACAUACCAUUGCUAUACCAUCGAAAAUGAUUGGAUUUUUGAUUGGAUCUAAGGGAAAAACGAUCACCGACAUUCGAACAAGAUCCGGUGUUAAAAUUGAAAUCCUGGGCAAGCGAGAAAAGAAAGCCGAAGAAAGCAAUACAGCAAUUCGACAAGAAAAUUCAACUCCAGCAAAUUUUGUUGAUGAGAAUGGACUUGAAUUUACACGUGUUAUAAUUUACGGUGAUUACGCGAACAUUCGUAUUGCUUUAACGAUGAUAUCGGGUCAUCUUGGAGAUUUUGGCAAAGAAUUUGUUCACAACAAUACAAAGAAAAUGGAAUUUUUCGAGCAUUGGAAUGAAGUGAAAGAGUGCAAU